GCUGACUGACACCAAACCCCCACUUCACCACACCUCGUCCAAGAGAGAGGUCGUCCAAGAGAGAGGCCUUUGGCAGGCGAGUAACCCCCAGGCUAUAAAAUCUUGGCCAGCCGUCAACCCGACCUCCUUUGUUGGCAGGUACUUCGCUCUUUGGUCCCUAGACGGACCAGUUCCGUAUUCUGUAGCAGAGCGGAAAACAAAAGGGACAAUGCCGGCCAGGAUCAACAAGACCGAGUACGGGCACUCGUGCCCGCCCGAGGGCCCUCACACGGUCACCAUUCACGCCAAGGGCUGGGACUCGGCCAUGGGCAUCCGCGACGGCGACCCGGCCGUGUUCUCCCGCUUGGUGUCCAUGUACCCUCGCUUCGCCCCCUGGGGUUUGUGCCGCCAGCUCACGGCCGCAAUCUCGAAAAAACUCGGCCUGAGCGAGACGCAGACAUGCAUCGCCCUGACGGCCGCCGACGCCCUCGAGCUGGCCCGCGCCUUCGCCUGCUCGCCGCUGCGGCUCGAGCACCAGGUCAAGGACCCGGCGGACCUGUCGCUCCGCACCGUCGAUAUCGGCCCCGAUGGUGGCGACAGGAUCCGCCUGCGCGUCGUCGUCGGCCCCGCCGCGGCCGCAAAGGCCCUGGGCGUCGCCUGGCAGACGGGCGGGCUCGGCGUGUCGAGCCGCCUGGCAGAGGCGCUGCUGCCGCACGUUGAGACGUCGCUGGUCGAGGUCGACGGCGACGCCGCCGCCGCGCCCGGGUCUUGGUCGGGGCUGCGCGAGGAUGGCGCGCACGCGGCGCUGCGCGGACGCAUAGCGGAGCUGCUGCGACGGGCGCCACUGGAGCCGGCCAGGGCAGAGACGGUGGUGCCCGAGGACGUGUUCCUGUACCCGACGGGCAUGGCGGCCAUCUACCGGUGCCACCAGGCGCUGGCGCGGCACCGGCCGGGGAGGGUGCUGGUGCUGGGGUCCGUGUUCAAGAACACGUGGCAUCUGUUCGACGAGUCGGCCGCCGGUAUGAAGCACUUUGGCCACUGCCACGACGGGCCCGGCCUGCUGGCGGACCUGGAGGCGUGGCUGGCAGCCGAGGCGGCCGAGGGGCGAGGGGUCAGCUACUGCUUCCUCGAGUUCCCGUCCAACCCCAUCCUCGUCUCGGCCGACCUGGUGAAGCUGCGGGCGCUGGCGGACAGAUACGGCUUCCCACUCGUGGUGGACGACACGGUGGGGUCGUUUGCAAACAUCGAUAUGCUGCCCGUGGCCGACGUGGUCAUGAGCUCGCUCACAAAGUCCUUCAGCGGCUACGCCGACGUCAUGGGCGGCUCCAUCGUGCUGAACAAGUCGAUACCGGCUCACUAUGCGGACAUCUCGCGCGUGUUUGCGGACCAGUUCGUCAACGAGCUGUUCGCCGCCGACGCCGCGCAGCUCGUGGCCAACAGCGCAGACUACCUGGCGCGCACCGCGGUCCUGAACCGCAACGCCGCCGCCCUGGCCGCCCUUUUCGACGGCCGGCGGAAGAAGCAGCAGCAGCAGCAGGAGGGCAUCGGUGGCGGCAGCAGCAGCAGCAACGUCGUAAUCACGGGCGUCAACUACCCGCCCUACACGAGCACGGCGGCCAGCUACGCCGCGGCCAUGCGGCCCGACACGCCCGAGUUCAGGGCCGGGCACGGGUGCCUGCUGAGCGUGGACUUCGAAACGGUCGGCAUGGCGACCGCCUUUUACGACUCGCUCGAGUACUUCCACGGCCCGCACCUGGGCGCCCACCGCACGCUGGCCAUACCCUUUGCGGCGCUGGCGUUUGGCAAGAAGGGCCAGGUCGAGACGGCAGAGUACCACAACGCGUACGGCAACCGCGCCGCCCAGGUGCGCAUCAGCGCCGGGCUCGAAGACGAGGACGAGGUUGUCGGCAUGGCCGAGGAGGCGCUGGCCAGGGCCGAGGAGAUGCUGGGUAGGGAGUCCGAGGAGCUGUCGAACUAGGGUUGCUUGUCUUGAGGCCAGGGGUUUUCUUCGUACCUAGGAGAUAGAUACCUUGAGAGGUAGUCUACUUCCCAGACAGGGAAAUCAGUGGCAGCACCUGUACUCUUACUCACAACAUAUAAUACAGUGUUCAAACAAGGGAUAUGCUAUCUCGCUAUUUCAUUCAUACAGGCUGUUGUCAAAGCCCAACACUGCAUUGCUCAAACAGCAAGCCAGAUUCGCCUUUAAUAUAUUAAAGAAACAAAGGGCACUGUGGUCUCGAUAUCAUCAUUUUAGUCCCCCGAAG